AGGCAGCCCAGGACAAUGAGUGGCCCCUAGGGACCAUGGCGGAGAGGAAGCCAGGCCCGUGGGGGGACCCCUCAGACGCCGGGCUGAGUCAGCGCCCCGGGCCGUGGGACCUGGCUGCCGCCUCCAAGCUGUCCUCCCGAAUUGUGGGCGGAGAAGAGGAAGAAAAGAAAGAGAAAGAGAAGGACCCUAGGGUUCAGAACUGGGAAAAGACGGGGCUGGAAUUGGUGCUAAAGGUCAACGAGAGUGUGCCCAAGGCCCCCUACAGUGGUCUCAGCACCAACCUCCCUCUGAGGUACUCCUUGCUGCAGGACCCCGAGGAGGAGGAGGAGGAGGAGGACACCAGUGAGCGGGGAGGUCGCUCCGAGGGGGCAUAUGAGACGGAAAGUGAGGGGGACUCUGACUCUGACCUAGAAAGGGAAGAACCCAGUGGGCCAUAUGACCUCACUGGCAGGUCCCAGUACCUGGCAGCCUGCGAGGCCUAUGGAGUGGUGCCCAUCUCCUACUUCCUCCACCACAUGCAUGAUCCUGAGCUCACGCUGAUGCACCGUGGCCUUGGGCCUCAGGGGGCCCGGGCCCUGGCCACAGCCUUGAUGUCUAACACAUCCAUUCUGAAACUGAAUCUGAGUGACAACUGGCUGAAUGAGGAAGGGGCAGCGGCAAUCGCGGGAAUGCUGAAGGAAAACUGCUUCAUCACAGAUCUCGAUCUGUCUGAUAACAAAUUGGGGGCCAAAGGGGCCAAGGCCCUGUGUGCUGCGCUCAAGGAGAACACCUCGGUGAGACAGCUUCGGAUGUCCGGCAGUGACCUGGGCACACAGGCUGCCAAGGACAUUGCUGAUACCCUGAUGGUCAACACAAAGGUGGAGCUGCUGGACCUGAGCCACAACCUCCUUGAUGAGGAAGCCGGGGAGAAACUUGGGCCGGCCCUGGCAGAAAACGUUGGCAUAAAGGAGCUGAAUCUGAGCUGGAACCACCUCCGGGGGUCGGGAGCUGUGAUCUUCGCCAGAGGCGUUGGGGCCAACAUCUACCUCAAGGUGCUGGACCUCUCCUACAACGGCUUCGGUGACCAAGGAGCCUCGGCCAUGGGGGAGGCUUUGAAAGGCAACAACGUGCUUGAGGAGCUCAACAUCAGUAACAACCGCAUCUCGCUGCCCGGAGCCCUCCGCUUCUGCACUGGACUAAGGGAAAACCGGACUCUGAGGAUCCUCUCAAUGGGCAGGAACCCCAUGCGGAGCGAGGGUUGCCUUGGCAUCCUCAGGACGGUCCAGAUGAACCCAGACUCAGGGCUGGAGGUUUUGGAUUUCUCGGACAUCCACCUAAACAAAGACUUUGACGACCUGGCUUGUUCCAUGAAAGAGGGUUUCCCCAGACUCUGUAUCAAGCACGGUAGCCCUACAGCCUAGACCGACCGCCUUGGAUCUUCUGCCACCCAGGAGACCCCCGAAGCUCAGCGGCCUUGUCCUAGAAUCGGGGGGGUCCCAGAGCAGGACGCUCACCCUCCACGGCCCCCUGUGGAGCCCCACUGGAGCCCUGCGGACCAGGACCCAUCCAGCCUCCCCUCGGAAGCUCUCCAGCUCCGGGGACUCGGUGCCUGCCGGGGCGUCCACUCCCCCCGGGGGGGAGGGGCAGCUCUCCAGGCGGCCGCACUCUCCUCCCUCCCUCCGUCCUCCCCCCGCCCCUAGCGCUGUUGGCUGGGACUCUCCGGGCCCCCUGUGCUUCCGGGCCCUGCAGAGGCAAAGCCUCCGUCCCAGUCCGUACCUUGCUCACUGAGCCUUAACAGUUAU